AUGAUAAAGUUAUCAGUCCUGCACUUUAACGACGUUUAUCGUGUUCGACCGCAGAAGGUCUCAUCUUCAAGCGAGGAAGCCAUCGAUGUAACGCAGUUCUGUCAGCUAGUGGACGACAUACGAGACCAAUGGCCUAGAAGGGCAGAUGGGGGCCGGGACGGACUCGUUCUCUUCUCCGGGGAUGUGUUCUCCCCGUCGGUGGAGAGUUCAGUUACUAGAGGAAGCCACAUGGUACCAGUCAUAAACGAGAUUCGGCCAGACAUUGCGCUAACAGGAAAUCAUGAUUUUGACUUUGGUUAUCCCCACCUGUGUAAAUUGGUCGAGAAAACAAGUUUCCCUUGGCUUUUAAGCAAUAUAGUCGACACCGAGAGAUCGAGAGUGCCAGACCACCUGAACGAAUUCGUUGUGGUAGAGCGAUCAGGCGUACGCAUUGGGAUAAUCGGAUUAAUUGAGAAGGAAUGGAUCGGCACUAUCUCAUCGUGGCCGCAGAACUUUCAAUACAAAGACAUGACGGAAGUAGGCAUGUCUCUUUCCUGCCGCCUCCGAGAUCCUGAAGGAGAAUACAAAUGUGAUUUCAUCAUUGCUUUGACACAUGCAAGGUACGAUAUAGCGCUGGCUCACGACCUGCUAGCAUUAUCGCCAUCGGGCCAAAUGGAUAAAACCAUAAGUGACAAGCAAGGGGUCGACCUCAUCUUAGGAGGGCAUGAUCAUCUGUACUAUAUCUCUCGCGGAGUAGACUCAUGGGAGGGCUAUGAUCUUGAGCAGCACGUACUGGGGGCGGACGAAGAUCGCGGUGAUAUAUUGGUCGUGAAAAGCGGGACUGACUUCAGAGAUUUGAGCGAGUUCGAACUUGAGUUGGUAGACACGCCUUCAGGCAGCGUCCGUCGCAAGGUGAUCAGCAGCAUUAAAGGACGAAGGCACGGGCCACAGCCGGGCUCCAAGCCUUCCGCACGAUUGACAGAGAUCCUCUCGUCCGUCCUGUCCAAAGUUUCAGACAGUCUGAAGAGUCCGGUUUGCAGGGCAACUGCACCUAUUGACACUCGGUCUCAGUUCAUUCGGAUAUCAGAGUCAGCUUCGGGCAACUGGUUUGCAGACAUUGUGCGGCAUGCCUACGAUGACGCGUUAUGCCUCAAGGGUUACGGAGGCGCAGAUGGUGCAUUUAUUUGCGCCGGAAUGCUGCGUGGUGAUAGUAUUUAUGGCCCAGGUAUAAUAACCCUGGGGGAUAUCUUGGAAAUUCUGCCGUUUGAGGAUCCGCUAGUCGUGCUUGAGCUGGACGGUGAAGCCAUCUGGGCAGCACUAGAAGCAUCGUUGGAGACUUGGCCUGCCCAAGAAGGACGGUUUCCCGUCAUCUCUGGUUUUCGCGUUUCCUGGGAUUCUCGUCGCCCUCCUGGGCAACGCGUAUUAGGCGUAUGGCUACUACAAGAGGAACCGCUAUCCGAGGAUCAAUUUGUAAAACUUUCCAAAGGAGGAGACGUACAUCGUCCAGUGGAAGAGAUCACUAUAGAACGGAGGAAAGGCGGUCGUCAAUACAAGAUACUAACACGAGAGUACAUGGCGCAGGGUCAUGACGGCUUUCUUCCUCUCAAAGGACAUAAGUACCUCAUAGAUGACGAGAACGGACAAAUGAUGAGCACCGUUGUCCGCAAAUACUUACUGGGUUCUCAAUUCGUCAAUAAGAUGAUACGCCAGGGUAAGGAAUCCGACGCGUAUCACCUACACUCGGAUACUGGACGGAUUGUCCGCAGAGAGAAGGCGCGAAAGGAGGAAUCCAGCGGCAGGUCCAGAGCAGCGCACAACUGGCAGCACCUAGCGGACCUCGUCACGCACCGGUCUCGAUCUAGAGAACAUUACAAGAACCAGAUCGGCAUCUCCUCGAGGGAGCAUAUGAGUGAAGUCGACUGUUUCAAUAAUGAAACACUCAGAAGCUUGGAUGGAUCGGAAGACGAUGGCGCGCAAGGGGACCUUCUGGUUGUACAUCCUGAGGUUGACGGGCGACUUAAGGACGUUGGAAGAGGAUAA